UCGUCGAGCGCACGCGCAACGCAUGGACUCCUCUGCCGCGCGCUUCAAAAAGGAUCCAUGGAUCAUUGAUUUAAACUCCUUUUAAACUUCUUUUAACGUGAAAUGGGUGUUUUAAACUCAUAAGUGUUUUGUGAUUUUUUAUUUUGAUUUUGUGGAAGUUUAAUUUAAGUGUGACAAUGUUGUGGUGUGUUUUGUGCAUACUUGGAGUUACGUCCUUGGGUUCCCGAGUGCAUGCAGGUUCGCUGGCAGAUCUGAUGACAGAGACAACAAAUCUGUGCUGCAACAAGGGUUCAGAGUACGCGCGCACGCACUCCUCGGAGGACUGCACCUCGGCCAUCCCUCCCGAUGUUCCCUCCGCGCUUGGCUCCCUCUGUAUCUUUGCCAUGGACCAGUGCUGCAAGGAGUACUUUCAAAAGAAACGGGACUGUGAUGCUGGAGUAGACAUAUCCACGAGCUCACAGACGUGUGAUUCCGCGACAGAGUCGGCGAAGAGCUGCUGCGAAGAAUGCGGCCGUGGUAAGGAGGUGGGGUGGAGCAGAGGCGAGGCUGGCUGUGAGGCUGGCGACAGAGGCACUGCAGCUGAAGAUGUGUUGGCUGGGAGUGCUUUUGAGCAGUGUUGCAAGAAUGCAGCACGAGAAGGAAAGGAGAAAGAAGAUAGAGAAGGACAAAAUCAUCCCGCGACAAACAAAAAUACUAAGCCGAAAACAGCAGCUAAGCCAGCAACGGGAAGCGCCGUAGCGUCCCUCUGUGAAGAAUAUGCUCCUAAUGAGCUGUGCGCUCAUCACUGCAUUCCUGUGCCUGGGUCAUACAAAUGCGAGUGUAACCCUGGAUACAUGCUUAUGGCUGAUGGAAGGAACUGUAAGGAGGUUGUGAAGAACAGAUGCAAGCCCAAAAACCCCUGUCAACACAAGUGCAACGACAACGGAGUCGAAGUCAAAUGCUCUUGUCGACGAGGUUACCAGCUGAUGGCUGAUGGGAAAUCUUGCGAGGACAUUGACGAAUGUAAGCUCGACCCGCCAGUAUGUCUGCCGUCAACACAGUGCUACAACAUACAAGGGUCAUACAAAUGUAUUCCGAAGAAGAAUAAUAACCAAGAGAAAGGGCAGUGUCCUUCUGGGUUUAUCAGGAAUGUGAAGAAUAAUGCCUGUGAUGAUAUAAACGAAUGCACCCAACCAAACCCCCCCUGCCCGUCGUACCUCUGCGAGAACACAGUGGGGGGGUACAAGUGUGGCGGGGUGUUGGGGGACCCGGCCAACUUGAACAACAACAACAGACCCAUUGUUGAUGACAGGUGCCCGCCCGGAUUUAGGAUGGGAGGCAAUGAGGAAUGUGAAGAUGUGGACGAAUGUGCCCUCCGCAAAGAUGACUGCAACCCGCUGUCCCAAUUCUGCAUCAAUACCAGAGGAUCCUUCUAUUGCCAGAACCAAGCUUCCAAGCAUUGCCCUCCAGGCUUCAAGAUCGACCCCAGGACUAAUAAAUGCGAAGAUAUUGACGAAUGUGAAGAUGGCCAGGACAUCUGUCGACACGAUCAGAUUUGUGUGAACGUACCGGGGGAGUAUGACUGCAAACCUAAAGAUGAUUACAGGCGGCGACAAGGGAAUAAAUGCCCUGAAGGCAUGCGAAUGAAACCUGGGACCCAUAUUUGUGAAGAUAUAGACGAAUGCGCAGAAGGGACGCACCUCUGCGACCUGCAUCAGAACUGUUUGAACACCAACGGUAGCCACGAGUGCCGCUGCAAACUUGGCUUCGAGAUCGACCACAUCACUGGGGGAUGUGUCGACGUAAACGAGUGCGCUACAUCAGCUCACAACUGCAUCCCUGGAUCCCAACGUUGUGACAACACAGUGGGCUCCUUCCUCUGUAUCAGGUUCACCUCUUGUGGUACCGGGUACAUCCUUCAAGCUUCUACAAGCCAGUGUGAAGACGUCGACGAAUGCGCCCUGGGUACGCACAACUGCGCGUUCGCCGGCCCGGAGUAUCAGUGCGAGAAUCACCCAGGAUCAUUUCGCUGCGUCCGCAAACAUCACUCCACUACCUCAACUACUCCAGCCCCGGAGUAUGAAUACGAGUACUACGAUUCAGAGGAAGAGGUAGAAACCAACCAAACGAAACCUACUGAACCACAACCGCAACCCAAACCAGAGCAGGUUUCUACCACCACUACAAUCAAACCUACUGAACCUCCUACCACCCCCAGUCAACCGCCUAUGGAACCAAUCCCAAUACCAUUGGACAGAGAAGACCACCCAAAGAAUGAUAGACACGAACCAGAAACGCCCCAAAUAGAUUCGAGCUUCCAACAACCUGAGUCAGAGCGACCUGGCUAUAGGCAACCUGAAUCAGAACAACCCGGUUAUAGACAACCUGAAUCAGAACAACCCGGUUAUAGACAACCUGAAUCAGAACAACCCAGUUUUCGGCAACCUGAGUCGGAACAACCCGGGUUUAAGCAACCAGAGUCAGAGCAACCGAAUUACCAGCAACCUGAAUCAGAACAACCGGGUCAUAGACAACCAGAGUCUGAGCAACCUGGUUACAGACAACCAGAAUCAGAACAAUCCGGUUACCGGCAACCUGACUCGGAACAACCCGAAUAUAAACAACCUGAGUCAGAACAACCUGGGUUUAAGCAACCUGAUUCAGAGCAACCCGAUUACAGACAACCCGAGUCUCCACCUGAACCACCUUCAUACAACCACUACGAUACAACUGAACAACAGAAACCAGACGCGACACCACGAGAAACGAAUGAAUCUCUACAACCCGAUUCGCGUCAACCUGAGCAACCAUCACCAACUCCACCCCAGGUGGUAUUUGUGGAUGUAGGGAAAGAGACAGCAACAGUUAGAGGAGAGAAGAAAGAGGAUGGGUCGGUAGUGGUUGAUACAAAGAACCUGCCAAAGAAUGAAUGGACGAAGGUGAAUGAAAAACCGACUAAUUGUCAAGUUGGCUUUGAAAUGGAUGAUUAUGGUGCUUGUUAUGACAUCGAUGAAUGCGCUACCAACCGCCACAGCUGUUCCGGCCUUACGGAGACCUGUCGCAACACCAUGGGCGGGUACCUCUGUGAAUGUGCAGCUGGUUUCCGUAGAGACCUGGUCACUGGCGCCUGUGACGUCAUCACUACUAGCUCGACCACCACGCCUGCGCCGCCUCCUUCACCUACUGCUCCUACUAAGAAUCGACCCUAUUUCUGGGGCUAUCCAGAUUACAGACCAAUCACCACGAGACCGUUCCGGCCACGGACCCUGUGUGAUGUGGGGUACCACUUGAACUCACAAACUGGCAAAUGCGAAGACAUAAACGAAUGCACAAACGGCCAAGCAAACUGCGCCACUGUGGAGAUAUGCGUGAACACUGAGGGGGGUUACCGAUGUGAGUGCCCACCCAACUGGGUGCUCGAUGACGUCAGACAUCGCUGUGUCCCGGUGAGGACCAGCGGGCAGUUCCCCACCGGCUAUGGAAAUGAACCUGGUCGCCCACCCAGCCCUUCAGACGUGCAGAAGACCUUCAAAGGCACUAAGUAUGUGGACCCUGAGGUCACUCAGCUUGGUGGCAGCAGGUCCGUCAUGUCGUGUCCUGUAGGGUACAAGCUGGGCUAUGACAAUACUUGUGAAGAUAUCGACGAAUGCUCCACCGGUCAGGCUUCUUGUGGUGGCAUGCUAUGCACCAACUUACCUGGAGGCUACGUAUGCAGCUGUCCUCAAGGACACAAGCUGGUUGACGGCAACCGAUGUGAGGACGUUGAUGAGUGUUCCAUGGGUGGAAAUAUGCCGAUAUGCUCCCAAAACGCUGACUGCGUCAACACCGUCGGAUCAUACCAAUGCAAAUGCCACACUGGAUUCAGAUCAGCUCCUGUUAAUGAAAAGGUGUGUGUGGACGUAGACGAAUGCAUGGAAUCCCCCUCCGGAUCUCUCUGCCAGCACCGCUGUAACAACGUGUGGGGCGGCUACCGGUGUACCUGCCAUAGGGGAUACAGGCUCAACCCAGAUAAUAGCACAUGUUCAGAUGUAGAUGAAUGCACGGAGUUUAAGUCCAAGAUCCCUUGCGUGGGGCGCUGCGUCAACGAACCUGGAAGUUACCGAUGCAUCUGUCCACAGGGUUACAGACUCUCUGAAGACAAGAGGAGCUGUAUUGAUAUCGACGAAUGCGAGACUGGCGAAGCGAUGUGCGCUAAGACAGGGACGUAUGGAGGCACCAGCGAUGUUUGCCUGAACACCCGCGGAGGAUACCGCUGUCACAGCGUUGCCUGCCCACCAGGAUAUAAACUUGAGGGUCGACACCGUUGCACUCGCAUCGAGAAGAUCUGUCCUCCAUCAGACUGGGACUGCGCCCAUCAACCCACCACGUACUCUUACAACUUCAUAACUUUCGUCUCCAAACUCUACAUACCUGAUUCUAAGGUGGAUCUUUUCACAAUGCGAGGACCAGCGUGGCCGAAUGCCAAGAUGCGUUUCCAAUUGCGUCUGGUGAACGUCAACGCGCCUCCUACCGUUAAGGAUAGGGCAGACAUCAACGCAUUCCUAUUGGUGCACACAAACAACCAAGCGGUCAUGUCCCUCGUCCGGUCACUGGAAGGCCCUCAGAGCAUAGAGUUGGAACUAUCGAUGGAACUGUACAAUGGGGAACAAUUUGGCGGUAUAGCUGUUGCGAAGUUGUACAUUUACGUGUCUGAAUACGAAUUUUAGACCUCUAGUCCGAAAGUAACACCCAUAUUCUAAGAUUUUCACUCGACUCGACUCAGCAUUAAGUUGACACUUACGUCCUCGACUUGAGGACUUACUCACUGGAGUCGAGCAUAUCAUGCUGCCAACAUAAUAAUACGAAAAUAAUGACGUCAUGCCAUACUAGAGAUACGAGUACUCGAGUCAGGUUUGAGGCGCCGUUAAGAACCGAGUUCAAGUAAGGCCUUAAAAUAUGGGUGUUAGGGUUUUAUACGUUUUGGGUCCGUCUCGACGCCAAGGCAAGUACAAUUCUAAUAACAAUAUCUUCUUGAACUGUGCCAUACUGUAGAACUUCUGUUGGGUUGAAGGGCUGGUGUGUGGUAGAAACUCGAUGAAAGAAAACCACGAUUUGUUGGUAGCACUUUCACUUACUUAAUUAUUUUUUUAUAAAUCUUAAAAAUACAAUGCAAGCGAUGUUCGUACACAAGAUGAAUCAAUAUGGCGAAUUAUAUAAAAAAUA